AUGCCGCGCCGGCUGGCCUGGCUGUGCUGCUGCUGGGCGCUGCUGAGCGGCGCCUGCCGCCCCGCCGAGCCCGCGCUGCCCGCCGAGGGCGGGGAGCCGCCCGCCGCCGCCGGCUCGGGCUUCCUCUACCGGCGGCUGAAGUCGCACGAGAAGCGGGAGAUGCAGCGGGAGAUCCUCUCGGUGCUGGGGCUGCCGCACCGGCCCCGGCCGCUGCCGCGGGAGCCGCCGGCCCCGCCGCCGGGACGGCUGAGAGCGGCACCGCGCUUCAUGCUGGACCUCUACCACUCCCUGGCCGAGGGCGCGGAGGGCAGCGCGGGCGCGGACAGCGGGGGCCGCCCGCCGACCCCUGCCCCGCCGCUGCCCAGCCCGCAGGACAGCGCCUUCCUCAACGACGCCGAUAUGGUCAUGAGCUUCGUCAACCUGGUUGAGUAUGACAAGGAGUUCACGCCUCACCAGCGGCACCACAAGGAAUUCAAAUUUAAUUUGUCUCAGAUUCCUGAGGGCGAGGCUGUCACAGCUGCUGAGUUUCGGAUCUACAAGGACUGCGUUUUGGGAAGCUUUAAAAACCAAACCUUCCUUAUCAGCAUCUACCAGGUGCUGCAGGAACAUCAGAACAGGGCCUCUGACCUGUUUCUGCUGGACACACGGGCUGUGUGGGCCUCGGAGGAGGGCUGGCUGGAGUUUGACGUCACUGCCACCAGCAACAUGUGGGUGAUGAACCCCCAGCACAACAUGGGGCUGCAGCUGAGCGUGGUGACGCGCGAUGGUUUCAGUGUAAACCCUAGGGAAGCAGGGCUGGUAGGGCGAGACGGCCCUUAUGACAAGCAACCUUUCAUGGUGGCCUUCUUCAAAGUGAGCGAGGUUCAUCUGCGCACCACGAGGUCAGCCACCAGCCGGCGCAGGCAGCAGAGCCGGAACCGCUCCACCCAGACUCAGGACGUUUCCAGGGUGUCCAGUGUCACAGAUUACAACAGCAGUGACUUAAAAACAGCGUGCAGAAAGCAUGAGCUUUACGUUAGCUUCCAAGACUUGGGAUGGCAGGACUGGAUAAUCGCUCCAAAAGGCUACGCAGCCAACUACUGUGAUGGGGAGUGCUCAUUCCCACUCAACGCCCAUAUGAACGCAACCAAUCAUGCCAUUGUACAAACUCUGGUUCAUCUAAUGAAUCCUGAUUACGUUCCCAAACCAUGCUGUGCACCUACCAAACUAAAUGCCAUAUCUGUCCUUUACUUCGAUGAUAAUUCUAAUGUAAUCUUGAAGAAAUACAGGAAUAUGGUAGUAAGAGCUUGUGGAUGUCACUGACAAAGUCUUCACAUGGACUCUGUGAUGCUGCCAUGAACUUGGAUACACCCCUCCCUGUUUUCAUGACCUUGGGGGAAAAAAGCCCACGUGAUGAACCAUCCUUCAGAACACCAUGUAUGUGCCUUGUGGGAGGAAGGGGUGUGGGGACCACCCCCAGGGUGCUGAACUCCUUACAGACUGACCCUACACCACGGUGGCUGCCCAGCUCAGCAGCAGCAGCAGCAAAAUGCCCACACACUUUAUUUGGCUGGGAUGGGAUGGUCUUAAUCUCACAGAGAAGCUUGACCUGUAGCAGGUGCUUGGAUAUGUGCUGCAGUUUUACCAGUUGAGCACUCAACACCAAAAACAAGUGAGGUCUUUCUUUGGGGGCAGGGAGGGAAGAUGAGGGGGAGAGGCAGAGAAGCUAAAGAAAGGUGGUGUUAGUACUUCAGACGUAGAGUGUACGUCUCAUGCAAGAUCCUUUUGGCCAGAAGGACCAGUUACUGCACCUAGACUGUUAGUCUUCUCCUGACAUCUGUCGUGACAGUAAGCAUCUAAAAUUGUGCCAAAGCAGAUGUUUCAGUUCUCUUAUGCUCCCAGCACCGUUUAACUCUGAUCUUGCAAGUGUAAGAUGGCAUGGCUGCACCCUGUGUUAGAAACACUACCAUGAACUCAGACCCUGGCUGGUCUUCCCAAUUCACCAUCUGACUGAGCAAUACAAAUUUAUACACUUGCUCUUAUGCAGCUUCCUUCCACUCCCCACGUGGAGCUGCCUCAUCUACCACCACUUGCCCAGGAAGGAAGGAAGUCAGGACACUUCUUCGCUGUAAUUCAGACGUAAAAGCUUAGGGGCCAUUCAGCCUCUAGCUGGACAGUUUGUUUACAGGAAGACAGAAUGUCAACAAAAUUUGCAAUCUUUCCUUUUCAACUCAUGCAACUAACAAACUGGUAUAAAGGAAAUGCAGCGUAGAGCCAUGGUUUGUCUAGCAGAAGCUAAUAGCAAAUUGUUUUGAUCAAUAUUAAACUUGUAUUAAAUGCACUUACCUCUACUUGCAUUUAAAAGGCUUCUUGUAAAUACAAGCUAUAAUUUAUUGCACUUGUCACUGUAUAUUCAUUGUGCUGUAUCAUUUAUAGAAAGACUGCUUUUUUAAAAAGUUUUUAUUUAGAAAAAUCUCAGUGUAAACAAUUGUACCACUUUGAUUUUAUACAAGAAACUCAUGAGAUUGUGCUUCACUAGAAAGUUGUUAAAAACAUAAUAAAGGCUUCCUGAAAGGCAGAAGUACACAUGUUGAUCCAAUACAUCUGCCAGUACAACACUUAGCUUUCACUGUGGCUUUUUCAUCUUCACACAUUUUCAGACUGAACAGAAUCAAAAGUUUUGGACAGACAGUGAAGUGAAGAACCAGGAGAAAUUCACUGGUUUAA